AGAGUACAGAAUGUCCACAAGAGGGGGGCGUGUCUCCCUCCAAUGUGUUGUAUAACUGUUGUCGAUCCAUGUCCAUGCUGCUGGGAGCUGCUCCGGGAGUCCUCACCUGCUAAAAAGAACAACAUAAAGGCCGUAUUACUCGAAAGCACAGACUGCCUGCACAGAAAGAUGGCGGCUGCCUUGCUGAGGACAGGACGACUGGGCUCAGUGAAGUGUUUGCUGGCUGAGAGCUGGAUCACUCUGAGUAGAACACCUGCAGCUGUGACUCUUAGCACAAAAUCUGGAGGUUCCAAGAAGUCAUCGAAAAAGAACAGCUCAGACAAAGACCAGACUAAAACAUACUUUGAUGUAGAGAAACUUAUCCAGCACAAGUCAUAUGAGUUUCCCAAGAAAGGAUCAGCAGCGACUGCAUCAGCUCAAGCUGCAGCUUCACAAGUUGCAGAGUCCACGCCCGCUGCUGCUGCAGCCAAGACUGUGGCAGCCACCCGUGUGGUAGAAGCGCCUGCCCCAGAGGUUGAAGCCAGUCCUGGUGUAGAGUCACUCUCCCCUGUUGAAACUCUCUCUGAAACUACCUCUGCAGUUGAAGCCACACCUUUUAUUGAGGCUGUUGCUGAAGUAGUUGCCGAAGCUGCUGCGCCGGUGGCUGAAGUAGUUGCCGAAGCUGCUGCCCCGGUGGCUGAAGUAGUUGCCGAAGCUGCUGCCACGGUGGCUGAAGUAGUUGCCGAAGCUGCUGCGCCGGUGGCUGAAGUAGUUGCCGAAGCUGCUGCCCCGGUGGCUGAAGUAGUUGCCGAAGCUGCUGCGCCGGUGGCUGAAGUAGUUGCCGAAGCUGCUGCGCCGGUGGCUGAAGUAGUUGCAGAAGCUGCUGCGUCGGUGGCUGAAGUAGUUGCAGAAGCUGCUGCGUCGGUGGCUGAAGUAGUUACCGAAGCUGCUGCCCCGGUGGCUGAAGUAGUUGCCGAAGCUGCUGCCCCGGUGGCUGAAGUAGUUACCGAAGCUGCUGCGUCGGUGGCUGAAGUAGUUGCCGAAGCUGCGGCGUCGGUGGCUGAAGUAGUUGCCGAAGCUGCGCCGUUGGCUGAAGUAGUUGUCGAAGCUGUGCUGGUGGCUGAAGUAGUUGCAUCUGUUCCUGGAACUGCUGCUCGAGCUGUGGAAGCUCCUGCAGCUGAAACUGGUGCAGUUCAAACUGCUGCUGCUCUAGAAGUUACUCCAGCAGAACCUGCAGUCAAAGUUCCUGUUGAAGCUACACCUGAACCCUCUGCUACUGAGGCCGCCCCAGUAGAAGCUGAGGCUGCGGCUGAAGUUUCUGCUCCUGUGGGGAGGUCAGAGGAGCUGGUGGACCCUGCUCCAGUGAUAGCUGAGGUUGCAGGAGAGGAGCUACAGGCGGACGGCCCAGUUGAACCGUCUGAGGGUCAAAUGGACCCAAUCCAGAAGCUCUUCUUGGACUCCAUACGCGAGUACUCCACGAAAAGCCAGGCUGCUGGGGGACUAGUGGAUGCAGGUUCAGAUUACGAAAAGGCUUUGGCAGAGGAGGUGGCAAAGCUUCAGAGACUCUAUGGUGGUGGAGACCUUGCAUCGUUUCCACAGUUCACAUUCACAGAGCCCAAGUUGGACGAAGUUGCUCAGAAAUGAACAUCGGUGCUUUUCACUGGAGAUCUUCGAGUUAACUAUCUGAUCGAGUUACGGUCUAAGUUCCAACAACCAUUGGCUUUAGGUUUGUACAUGACAAACUAUAUGGCUGUGGCAAGAUAUUUUAUCCGAAUGGAUGUACUUUGUGUAGAUUGAUCUAUGGCUGAGCUAAAUGUGAAUUAAUAUGAUACAUUCCAAUAAAACAUAUUUGUUGUAUUCAUCUG